AUGCUUACUCCUCCAAUCAAUAUCAAAAACUGGAUAGCAGAAAAUGGCCAUCUUUUAAAACCACCUGUCAACAACUACUGCCUCCACCGUGGGGGUGCCACCAGAACAGACUUCCAUGUGAAUCAGACACCCGAGUAUUUUCACCAGCUCAAAGGCAAAAUGUGUUUGAAGGUUGUUGACGAGGGCGAGUUCAAGGAUAUUGUGAUCGAGGAAGGCGACUCCUUCUUGUUGCCCGGAAACGUGCCCCACAAUCCCGUCAGAUUUGCCAACACGAUAGGUUUGGUCGUGGAACAGGAUAGGCCCGAGAAUGUGAACGACAAAAUCAGAUGGUACUGUCGAAAUUGCAAGGAGAUUGUUCACGAGAUUGUUUUCUAUUGCUCAGACUUGGGCACACAGGUAAAGGAAGCAAUCAUGUCGUUUGACGGGGACGAUGAUGCCAGAACGUGCAAGAAAUGCGGUGAGUACAACUACGCCAAGCCGCAGGUAUAG